UUCUCUCUGGUACAGUGUCUUCACUCGUCGGUUUCAGAUAAAUAUCAUUACGUUUGGUGGAGAAACUUGGCAAUGGCGUUUCGGACGCUCUCGACUUUUCCAUCUCUUCCCCAUGGCCUCACCAAAAGUAACCCCAAACCCACUGUAAUUUUUCGGAAGCCGAUUGCGAAAAUUGUUUGUAAGUCUGUGACGCCGUCGGGAUCUCCGCUUCAGGUCACGGUCUCCGAGCCCGACUCGGAUGGGACCGGAGCGGCCGCUCCAACUCCGGGGGAGCGGUUCCUGGAGCGUCAACGAGCUCAUGAAUCCGCGAGGACAGUGAUGAGGGAGCUCAAGAAAGAGGAGAAGAAGAAGAAAAAGAAGGAGAAUCCGCGGAAGGUUGUUACUUCGGUAGCAUGUUGCUAUGGUUGUGGAGCUCCAUUGCAGACGUGUGAAGCAGAUUCUCCGGGUUAUGUCGAUCCGGGUACUUAUGAAUUGAAGAAGAAACAUCACCAGUUAAGAACCGUCAUCUGUGGGAGAUGCAAGCUUUUGUCUCAUGGACAUAUGAUAACUGCAGUGGGUGGCAAUGGAGGUUAUCCUGGUGGAAAGCAAUUCAUAUCAGCCGAUGAACUCAGGGAGAAACUGUCUCACUUGCGCCACGAGAAAGCUUUUAUUGUCAAAUUGGUCGAUAUAGUGGAUUUCAACGGUAGUUUUCUAUCUCACGUCCGUGACUUAGUUGGGGCCAAUCCUAUAACAUUAGUUGUGACUAAGGUCGAUCUCCUCCCAAGAGGAACAGAUAUGAACUGUGUUGGUGAUUGGGUUGUAGAAUUAACCACAAAGAAGAAGCUAAAUGUCUUGAGUGUUCAUCUCACAAGUUCAAAGUCUCUGGCUGGAAUUAGCGGAGUUGCUUCGGAAAUCCAAAAGGAGAAGAAGGGACGAGAUGUUUACAUUCUGGGUGCUGCUAAUGUAGGAAAGUCUGCAUUCAUCAAUGCGUUGCUGAAAACAAUGGCCGAAAGGGACCCUGCUGCUGCUGCAGCUCAGAAGUACAAGCCGAUACAAUCAGCUGUCCCUGGAACCACCUUAGGCCCAAUUCAGAUCGAUGCCUUUCUCGGAGGAGGGAAGUUGUAUGAUACGCCUGGAGUUCACCUACACCACAGGCAAGCAGCAGUAGUUCAUUCAGAUGACUUACCCGCUCUUGCUCCUCAAAGCCGGCUCAGAGGCCAGUCCUUCCAUAUUUCGACGUUGUCGUCUCCAUCAUCAUACAUUCCCGAGGCCAAGUGUUUGGAAGGUUACACAUUCUUCUGGGGAGGGCUUGUAAGGGUCGACGUCUUGAAGGUUCUACCUGAAACUUGUCUAACAUUCUAUGGACCCAAGGCUCUGCAGAUUCAUGCUAUACCAACUGAAAAAGCAGAUGGCUUUUACCAUAAAGAAGUGGGUGUUCUACUGACACCUCCUUCCGGAAAACAAAAAACAGAAGAAUGGAAAGGUCUAGAAUCUCGACAUCUGCUCCGAAUAAAAUUCGGCGACACAGAAAGACCAGCAAGCGAUGUGGCCAUUUCAGGUUUGGGAUGGAUAUCCAUUGAACCAAUCCGCAGAACAACGGGAUCUGAACCGAGACAUCUCGAAGACGAGGAAAGAGAGAUAUGUCUAGCUAUAAGUGUACCGAAACCAGUCGAAGUUUUUGUCCGGCCGCCAUUGCCGGUGGGCACUGCAGGAGCUGGAUGGUACCAGUAUCGUGAAUUAACUGAUAAGGAAGAAGAAACAAGACCCAGAUGGUACUUCUGAGGAUUAUUCGUAUCUUAUAUUAAUUCAAAGUACUAAGAGUAUAUAUACUCAAGCGAGUUCCAACUUCCAAUGUAUUGUAUUAUCCCAAACAACCAAAGACACAUCCCUUGACCUU